UUGACGGGACCGGACAGCCGUGCAGUGCAGCGCAGCCCAGCGCAGCCCAGCGCAGCGCAGCGCAGCCAGCGGCGGCGCCGCACACCGAGCCUCGCCAAACUGACGGCCGCUGGAAAUGAAGAGAGGGGGCGUCUGGAGCCGGAGCCUGUGGCUGAUUAUCGGUGUCCUGUGGGAGGCAGGCCUUGUCAGCACCUAUUCUAUGACUCCUCCGACCCUGAAUAUCACAGAAGAAGAGCUUGUGAUUGACGCCCAGGAUACCCUGGCCAUCACCUGCAGAGGACAGCACCCCCUGGAGUGGGCGUGGCCCCAGGGCUGGGAGGAGCCCAGACAAGGUGACAAGGAGAGCAAAGCUGGGGGGCCAGCCGAGGCUGGAGCUGAACAAGACUGCGAGGGUACUGACAGCCGGCCCUACUGCAAGGUGCUAGUGCUGAACAGGACCCAGGCCAAUGACACGGGCUCCUAUACCUGCUACUACAAAUACAUCAAGGCCCGAAUCGAGGGCACCACUGCAGUGAGCACCUACGUAUUUGUGAGAGACUUCGAGCAGCCCUUCAUCAACAGGGCAGGCACUCUCCUGGUCAGCAAGGACCACACGUGGGUACCCUGCCUGGUGUCCAUCCCGGACCUCAACGUCACUCUACAUUCGCAAAUCAGGGUAAUCCGACCAGAUGGACAAGAGAUCGUGUGGAAUGACAGGAGGGGAAUGCUGGUGCCCACGCCACUCCUCGGAGACACCUUGCUCCUCCAUUGUGAGACCAUCAUCCGGGGCCGAACCUUCCAUUCCAACUUCUUCGUCAUCCAUAUCACUGGGAAUGAGCUAUAUGACAUUCAGCUGUAUCCCAAGAAGGCCUUGGAGCUGCUGGUGGGGGAGAAGCUUGUCCUGAACUGUACCGUGUGGGCUGAGUUCAACUCAGGAGUCACCUUCCAAUGGGAUUAUCCUGGGAAGCAGACAGAACGAGCUGGGGCAGUGACACCUGAGCGCCGCUCCCAACAGACGCACACAGAACUAUCUAGCAUCCUGGUCAUCCAGAACGUGACCCAACAAGACCUGGGCCAGUAUGUAUGUGAAGCCAGCAAUGGUGUCCAGAGCUUCAGGCAGAGCACUGAGGUCAUCGUGCAUGACAAACCCUUCAUUAGUGUGGACUGGCUGAAGGGCCCAGUGAUCGAGGCCACAGCAGGAGAUGAGCUGGUGAAACUUCCAGUGAAGGUGGCAGCAUACCCCCCACCAGAGUUCCAAUGGUACAAGGAUGGGAAGCCUGUCCCGGGGCGCCAGUCUCCGCACUCAGUAGUGAUCAAGGAGGUGACAGAACAGAAUGCAGGCACCUACACCCUGGCAUUGUGGAACAGGCAGGCUGGCCUGAGACGCGAAAUCAGCCUGGAGCUGGUAGUGAACGUUCCUCCCCAUAUCCUUGAGAAGGAGGCAUCUUCACCCAGCAUAUACUCCCGCCACAGCCGCCAGGCCCUCACCUGCACUGUGUAUGGGGCACCACCACCUGAUGUCAUCCAGUGGCAGUGGAGGCCCUGGACCCCCUGCAAGAUGUUCUCCAGGCGCAGCCUGAGGCAGCUAGCAGGAGGGCGGCAUCAGCGGGACCGAAUGCCCCAGUGUGUGGACUGGAGGGAAGUCUCAGCCCAGGAUGCUGUGAACCCCAUCGAGAGCCUGGACACCUGGACUGAAUCUGUGGAAGGCAAAAACAAGACUGUGAGCAAGCUGGUGAUCCAGGAGGCCAACGUCUCUGUCAUGUACAAGUGUGUCACCUUCAACAAAGUGGGGCAGGAUGAACGCCUCAUCUACUUCUACGUAACUACUAUCCCCGAUGGCUUCACAAUUGAGUCAGAGCCCUCUGAGGAGCCUGUGGAAGGCCAGGACCUGACCCUCAGCUGCAAGGCGGACAACUACACUUACGAGAAUCUUCAGUGGUACCGCCUGAACCUGUCCACACUGCAUGACGCUCAGGGAAACCCACUCCUGCUUGACUGCAAGAAUGUGCACCUGUACGCCACGCGGCUGGAGGGCCAACUGAGCUCCACACCAGGUUCCCGCCAUGCCACCCUGCGCCUGGCCCUGCCCCGCAUUGCCCCUGAUGAGGAAGGCGAUUAUGUGUGUGAAGUGCAAGACCGGCGUAGCCACGAGAAACACUGCCACAAGAAAUACAUCUCUGUGCAGGCUCUGGAGGUGCCCCAGCUCACACAGAACUUGACUGACCUUUCGGUGAACGUCAGUGACUCCAUCGAGAUGCGAUGUCGGGUGGCCGGGGCCCAUGUGCCAGACAUCGUCUGGUACAAAGAUGAGAGGCUGCUGGAAGAGGAAUCAGGGAUUGACUUGGCUGACUCCAACCAAAGACUGAGCAUCCAGAGGGCGCGGGAGGAAGAUGCGGGCCGAUACCUGUGCAGCGUCUGCAAUGCCAAGGGCUGUGUCAAUUCCUCUGCCAGCGUGUCUGUGGAAGGAUCCGAGGACAAAGGCAGCAUGGAGAUUGUCAUCCUCAUUGGCACCGGGGUUAUCGCUGUGUUCUUCUGGAUCCUUCUCAUACUCAUCUUCUGCAACAUGAAGCGGCCUGCUCAUGCAGACAUCAAGACGGGAUACCUGUCUAUCAUCAUGGACCCAGGCGAGGUGGCCCUGGAGGACCAGUGUGAAUAUUUGCCCUAUGAUUCCAGCAAAUGGGAGUUUCCCCGAGAACGGCUCCAUCUGGGGAGAGUCCUGGGACACGGGGCCUUUGGGAAGGUGGUUGAAGCCUCUGCCUUUGGGAUCAACAAGGGCAACAGCUGUGAUACAGUGGCAGUCAAAAUGCUGAAAGAGGGGGCUACUGCCAGUGAGCACAAAGCACUGAUGUCAGAGCUGAAGAUUCUGAUACACAUUGGAAACCAUCUCAAUGUGGUCAACCUCCUGGGCGCCUGCACCAAGCCUAAUGGGCCUCUCAUGGUGAUUGUAGAAUUCUGCAAAUAUGGGAAUCUUUCCAACUACCUUCGGACCAAGAGGGAAGACUUCAGCCCUUACAGAGAAAAGUCCCCCAGGCUUCGAAACCAGGUCCGUUCCAUGGUGGAGGCUGUGAAGGCAGACAGAAGGAGUCAGACUGGGACCAGUGACAGUGCAAUCUUCACCCGUUUUCUGCUGGGAAAGGGCCUUGCUUCCCGAGCCCAGCCUAUCCAAGAUGAGGAUGACCUGUGGCAAAGCCCCUUGACCAUGGAAGACCUGAUCUGCUACAGCUUCCAGGUGGCCCGAGGGAUGGAGUUCCUCGCUUCAAGAAAGUGCAUUCACAGAGACUUGGCCGCACGAAACAUCUUGUUGUCAGAGAACAAUGUGGUGAAGAUCUGUGACUUUGGACUGGCCCGGGACAUCUAUAAAGACCCUGAUUAUGUCAGGAAGGGCAGUGCCCGGCUCCCUCUAAAGUGGAUGGCACCAGAAAGCAUCUUUGACAAGGUCUAUACCACCCAAAGUGACGUCUGGUCCUUUGGAGUCUUGCUCUGGGAGAUCUUCUCUUUAGGGGCCUCUCCCUACCCUGGUGUGCACAUCAAUGAAGAAUUCUGCCAAAGGCUGAAGGAUGGCACGCGGAUGAGAGCUCCAGAAUACGCCACAGCAGAAAUCCGCCACAUAAUGCUGAGUUGCUGGUCAGGAGACCCCAAGGAGAGACCGGCAUUCUCUGACCUGGUGGAGAUCCUGGGAGAUCUGCUUCAGGAAAAUGUACAACAGGAGGGAAAGGACUACAUCCCCCUGAACGACUCUCAGAGCUCAGAGGAUGACGGCUUCUCUCAGGGGCCUUCUGCCGCUCAUCACGGUUUGGAUGCAGAAGAAUAUGACCUGAGACUCCACUGCCACAGUUUAGCAGCAAGAUACUAUAACUGUGUAUCAUUUCCGAGUUGUUUGACUGGAGGGAAUCAAAUCAGGUGUCCAUCCAGAAUAAAAACCUUUGAAGAAUUUCCCAUGACUCAUACAUCUUCUAAAGCACAUCCGGAAAACCAAACUGAUAGUGGAAUGGUCUUGGCCUCUGAAGAAUUUGAGAGGAUAGAAAACAGACACAGAAAAGAAGGUGGAUUCAGCUGUAAAGGCUCUGGCAGAAACAUGGAUCAGACAGGGGAGCGAUUAGCCCUGAGAGGCAGAUGCCGGCCGUCCUACCAGAUUCCAACUGCCGGUCAGACAUUUUAUAACAGUGAAUAUGGGGACCUGUCAGAACCCUCUGAGGAUGGCGGCUCGACCCCUCCAGGAGAGGCAGCUAGUCCCCCAGUCCUCCAAGCCUCCUUCUUCUCAGAUCAGUAUUAAAGAAGUGAUCAGACCACAGAGACACCUGGGAGUGUAUGGGGGGGGGAGGGUGCGAUAUCAGGAAGGCAUUGGCAGUGGAGGGAGGGGAAAUACUUAAGAUCGAACUGUUUGCCUGCCUAACAGAUGAAACAAGAGCGAGGAGUCUUUGGAGGCAAUUUGAGGAAAGACCUGUUAGUUGCCAAGCUUCUCUGUCUUGGAGUUCUUCCUGAUUUACUGUUUCCUUGGAUUUUUCAAUUACUCCCCUCUGGGAGUAAUUUUUGCUCAGCAAAAUAGAAAACAAAUACCAGAAACUCUCGACAACUGUAGCACUAACACAGCAUGUCCACAGCCUGAACAGACACCACAGUGUUCAGGCAGACGAAGAAGACCAGGGACCUUCCUAGACUCCAGCAAAACAAGCCCACCCUUCAGAAAUUCCCCAGCCUCUUCUCCAUCAUAAUAUCCUUUUGUAUAUGAACCAGGAUGCUUCUCAUGAGGAGAUACUGCCUAUAUCUUCGUUGCUAUCUUAAAAUGGCAAAUUAGGAAUUUCUGUGACUUGGGAAAGAAAAAGACCUUUGUUUUCUGUUCUCCCUGCUAAUUCAUAUCACAACUGGCCAUCCCAUACCACAUGGACAGUCAUCUUGGCAGUGACAAAUCUGUUAUUAAAGAUAGCUAAAUCCAGACUGCGUUAACUUGUCAUGAAUGUUUGCUGGAAAGAGGACAGAUCCCAUCCAAAGAGAUGGAAUUUUGCAUGUGCAAAUUUAGGAACAGUUUUCACCACAACCAAGAGCUUCCUUUCAACAAAUUUCAGAGCAGAAACAGAGCCUGGAAAAGUAUAUCUGAAUCCAAACAGCUAUUGUAACUCAGAAACAAAACAUCGAAUACCAUUACAACAUGAAAGUUUCUAACAAAAAGAUUUCUAAUGUAAAAAAAAUUUUUUUAGUAAUCCUGGGUGUAACAAAAUUUCGGCACAAUAAAAGACUCCAAACAGAGUCUGUUGUAACAAAAUCUGUCCCAGCAGUCAGGAUGCCAAUAAGAACUUCCCAAAGUUGUCCCUCAUUCACAGAGGCCCCAGUCAAGCUUCUAGCCUCAUUUCCUAUGGAUGAUGUCUUGAGCUCCAUCCAUUAUGGUGUUCAGAAAGGUGAUGCUCUAACAAGGAAAUACUGUCAUCUGAAACCAAUGAAGUUUGAGAGGCAUCGGAAAGCCAUCCUGAGAACCAAGACUCCUCUCCUCUUUCUCUCCCACCUCCUUCUUAUCUCCUCUCCCCUCCAUCUUCUUAUGGACCGAGGAGAUCAUUACAAAAUGUCUUUACAGAAGCACAGCAGGAACACUGACAGAGAGACCUUGAGAACAAACAUUCUGCGGGUUUUCUUUCAUCUCCUCCAAUGUCACGUGGUCUUUUCCCACCUGGAAUUCCAGAACAUUCCUUAUCAGAAGAUAUUCCCUUUACCUUCCCAUACUCUCCAUGCCAUAACGAGUGCUUGCAGGACAGGCUUCUGUGUAUAGAACUAAGGGUUUUGUUAUAUCUGAUAUCCUUCCUCCAGAUUAUAUUUUUACUUUAUAAUGCAUCGAAUACAUUUAUUCUGAGUCUAUAA